GGGCCCGGGACGCCGGGGGGCCGUCCCCACCAGGGUUCUGCUCCAACAGGAGACCCAGCAUCGCCACACGGGCCAGGCAAACCCCCUCGGUCCUGCCAGUGCGGCCUAGGGCAGGGCUGCGGCUUCGCUCUGUGGCCAUGGAUGUGUUCCAGAAGGUCGAGAAGAUCGGAGAAGGCACCUACGGGGUGGUGUAUAAGGCCAAGAACAAGGAGACGGGGCAGCUCGUGGCCCUCAAAAAGAUCAGGCUGGAUCUGGAGACGGAGGGAGUCCCCAGCACUGCCAUCAGGGAGAUCUCCCUGCUCAAAGAGCUUAACCAUCCCAACAUCGUCAGGCUGCUGGACGUGGUGCAUAGCGAGAAGAAGCUUUACCUGGUGUUCGAGUUCCUCAGCCAGGACCUGAAGAAGUACAUGGACUCCACCCCAGCCUCCGAGCUCCCCCUGCACUUGGUCAAGAGCUACCUCUUCCAGCUGUUGCAGGGGGUGAAUUUCUGCCACUCUCAUCGGGUCAUCCACCGAGACCUGAAGCCCCAGAAUCUGCUCAUCAAUGAGAUGGGAGCCAUCAAGCUGGCUGACUUUGGUCUGGCCCGAGCCUUUGGGGUGCCCCUGCGCACCUACACCCACGAGGUGGUGACACUGUGGUAUCGUGCCCCCGAGAUCCUCUUGGGCAGCAAGUUCUAUUCGACAGCUGUAGAUGUCUGGAGCAUCGGUUGCAUCUUUGCAGAGAUGGUAACUCGCAGAGCCCUCUUUCCAGGCGACUCUGAGAUUGACCAGCUGUUUCGUAUUUUUCGGACCCUGGGGACACCCAGUGAAACCACGUGGCCAGGAGUCACCCAGCUGCCUGACUAUAAAGGCAGCUUCCCCAAGUGGAGCAGGAAGGGUCUGGAGGAGGUUGUGCCCAAUCUGGAGCCAGAGGGCAAGGACCUGCUCAUGCAACUCCUGCAGUAUGACCCUAGCCGGCGGAUCUCGGCCAAAGCAGCUCUUGCCCAUCCGUACUUCUCCACUGAGCCCUCCUCGGCCCCCCGCCAGUACGUGCUGGAGUGUUUCUGCCAUUGAGAAUGUGUGAGGCGCACCACCGAAAAUUCUCCAGCUGCUGCCCUAGCAGCCUUUCCACCAACUUCCCAAGAAAGAAAGCCGGUCGGGGGAGAUAGAAAUGCUCUAAGGAAUUUGGCAUCAGCCAUCAGAGGGCUGUGUUUGAGUUAGUCCGGCCAGUGGGUUAGCGAGUUCACAAGUUCCUGUGUUGUUCGUUGGGUUUGAGGGUGCCAUUUCAAAAGAGGGGGCACUGAUGCUCCAUGCAGGCGGGGGUUGGGGUAAGUUAGAGCCCCGGCUGCCCGGUGCUGCAACAGCAGGUGCCCAGGAGAGGGCAGGGAGCCGCCCGGGCUGUGGGCGCGGCGCUGCCAGCUGCCCUUUGCCUGCCCAGGCCUCGGCUGAGGGAAAGGCUGACACCUGCUGGUGCUUUUGGAUUUGAAAUGUUUUGGGGAAGAGUUGAGUUCCAGUUAAGAGUCUCAGGUUCAACAGGAAGCAGGCGACGGAGAGGAGAGGGAACUUUCCUGAUCCCAGGGGAGGUCAGGGAGUGUGUGUGGCUGUUCUCGGUGGUUGUCUGUUCACCUGGGAUCUGCCCGUGUUAGUUUGCCUCUGGCUGUAACCACGAGAAAUAAAAGUGACACGUUCCCGA